AUCGAGAUCGAUUUCACGCCUCCGUUCGCGCGAAUCGACAUGAUCAAGGGACUGGAGGACAUGGCCGAUCUCAACAUACCGGAGGAGGAUCUGUCGACUGACGAUGCCAACGAGUACCUGAUGGAGGCCUGUGCCAGGUACGACAUUACGUGCCCGCUUCCACACACGACGGCACGGCUGCUGGACAAGCUUGUCGGGCACUUCUUGGAGGAGACAUGCGUGAACCCGACGUUCAUCAUCAACCAUCCGGAGAUCAUGAGCCCGCUGGCCAAGUCCCACAGGGACGAGGCCCGGCCUGGACUGACCGAAAGGUUUGAGCUGUUCAUCAACAAGCAUGAGGUGUGCAAUGCCUACACGGAGCUGAAUGACCCC